AUGUUGCACAAAUUCAUGCGGAAACUCCUUGUGUCCCCUGAUGAUCUGAAGGAGCACCUUCGUUACAUCUUUGCUGCCACGAUGAUGAAAGUGCUCUACAAUAUCGGCGCUCAGGAAAAUGGCGACGAGCUAGUCAGUGUCGUGGACGAAGCGAUCUCACGCACGGCGACGCUUGCAACCGGCGUGCACCCGGUCGAAAUCUUCCCCUUUUUGAGACACUUGCCGAGCUGGGUGCCUGGCACGGACUUCCACGAUGCGUUCGCGAAGUGCCGGGCGGCCGUUGAGCAUCUCAAAGAGACACCGUUUGCGACUUUGAAUGCUGCGCUAAACGAAGGCCGGGCUGCUCCAUGCGGCAUCUCGGUUUUGCUGUCUAAGCUCAUUACACCCGCAGGCUCCAGUUCCGAGAAUGCAUAUUGGGAAGAUGUUAUCAAAAAUGUUGGUCUGGUAGCGUUCGAAGCGGGUGCUGACACGUCGUUCUCCACCCUGCAGGCGGUAUUCCUCGCGAUGUCGCUCUACCCGAACGUUUUGAAGACGGCUCAAGCUGAACUUGACGCGGUCGUGGGUUCACGCCGCCUCCCCGAUUAUGGGGACCGAGACGAGCUCCCAUAUGUCAACGCCAUCAUAAAGGAAGCCUUGCGGUGGCAUGUCGUCCUCCCGCUGAGCCUGCCGCAUAACACAGUCGCAGACGACGAGCUGGAUGGGUACUUCAUACCAGCCGGCACGAUCAUCAUGCCGAACACCUGGGCAAUGCUUCAUGACCCAGAAGUCUUCGAGGAUCCCGAAGAAUUUAGGCCUGAGCGAUUUCUACGUGAUGACGAGUUGGACGACACCGCUCGCGACCCGUACGCCUUUGCGUUCGGAUAUGGGAGAAGGCAGGUCCCCUGA